AGCGGCCGGGGGCGGCUCGGGCUCCCCCCGGAGGGAGGCGGGGAAGGCGGCGGCGGGGGCGGACGGACGGUCGGACGGACGGAGCGCAGCGCCCGGAGCUCAGCGCCCGGCCCGAGCCGCACCGAGCCCGGCAGGCAGCUGAGUUGACCCCGAGCUGCUGCCAGGGGCACCAUGAGGGGUCUCUGGGCCGUCGUCAUGGUGGGGCUCAUCAGCGCCUGCGAUGGGACGGAGAUGCCAGCGGAAGAAGGGACGCUGUGCCCGCAGCUUUGGGACGAGGAUCUGGUUGGGAACAAAUAUGAGAACGUGACGGGCUUCAACCUCAUUAAGCGCUUCGACCUGAUGAAGAUCUCCUCCGUCAAGAAAGUGCGCGGCCCACGGGGAGCGGUGCUGCUGCGGCUGGGGGCCGUGCCGCUGGUGCAGCCCACACGGCAGGUGUUCCCCCACGGGCUGCCCCCUGAGUUCACGCUCAUCCUCACCUUGCUGCUGAAGAAGAACAGCACGGGGGAGCACUGGUACCUCUUCCAGGUCACCGACCGCCACGGCUACCCCCAGCUCUCCCUGUCCGUGCACGGCCCUGAGAAGAGCCUGGAGUUCCAAGCCAGGGCGCCGGGAUCCACGUUUGUCAGCACUGUCUUUAUGGGGAAGGCCGUCUCGUCGCUCUUUGACGGGCGGUGGCACAAAGUGCUGCUGGCUGUGCAGAGCCGCGCUGUGUCCCUGCAUGUGGACUGCGGCUCCAUCUCCUCCAAACCGCUGGCGCCGCGGCGGGCGCUGACCCCUGAGGGCAAUGCCUUCCUGGGGCUGGAUGCCGUGCGCGGGACCCCGGUGCGGUUCGACCUGCAGCAGGCGCACAUCUACUGCAACGCAGAGCUGGCCCGGCACGAGGGAUGCUGCGAGAUCUCAGCCAGCGGGUGCCAACCUGAAGCACCCAAGACGCGGCGUCAGGCAGAGCUGAUGCAGAGCAGCAACCUCAUCGAGAUCUCCCCGCAGCCGCAGGGCCGGGUGUUCACACGCUGCUUCUGCCUGGAGGAGCCGCUGGGCUCGGAGCCAGAGAGAGAGAAGAGCAGCCUGAAGGGAGAUUAUGUGGAGAAGGGCUACAAGGGGAUGUCCAACGAGGAGUGCCCGCCCUGCCCACCGCAGACGGCUCCAACGAAUGUGACACUCGGUCCCCCAGGACCCAAGGGUUUGAAGGGAGAGCGCGGCCUGCCCGGCACCCACGGCACCAAGGGGGAGAAAGGCGAGCGUGGUGCUGACUGCGUGCGUGCAGACCCCACUGGCCCUGUGCAGUGCGCUGAGGGGCCGCGGGGUGAGCAGGGGCAGCGUGGAGAGCGGGGGCUGCCAGGGGUGGCCGGUGCCGAUGGGCAGAAGGGCCAGAAGGGCGAGAAGGGUGACGGGGGACUCCAGGGCAAGCCAGGCCGCCCGGGUCGUGAUGGCCGGCCUGGAGAGAUCUGUGUGGUGGGUCCCAAGGGCCAGAAGGGGGACCCAGGCCUCGUGGGACCUGAAGGGCUGGCGGGAGAGCCGGGGCCACCAGGGAAACCGGGCGCACCGGGGAUCGGCUUUCCGGGGAAGCCGGGUGAUCCUGGUGGCCCCCCAGGUCCAAAGGGAGAAAAGGGCAGCUCAGGAGCUCCUGGACCCGGCGGAUCUCCUGGGACACCCGGACCACGCGGUGUCCUGGGGCCCAAAGGAGACAAGGGUGAGCCGUGCCAGCCGUGCCCUGCUCUGCCCACAGGGAUGCUCAGCACUGCGGGGCUUCCUGGAAAGCCUGGACCCAGGGGGGAGCCCGGGACACCUGGCAAGGAUGGAGUGUCGGACAGACCCGGCCCUGCAGGACCCAAAGGGGACAGGGGAGACCCUGGCAUCCAUGGGAUCAAAGGGGAGAAGGGGGACUCCUGCCUGUCCUGUGACACCCGUGUCCUCGCCGCGCUGCUGCGGGAGCCCCCCGAGGGGCGUGAGAGUGAACUGGGAUCACUGGACAAAGCAAUCCUCCCUGGGCUGGCUGGCAUCAAAGGCGAGAAGGGAGCUGGUGGCCAGGAGGGACCUGCAGGCAGACCGGGGCUCCCUGGGAGCAAGGGUGAUCCAGGCGUGCAAGGGCUCAAAGGGGAGAAGGGUGAGCCGUGUGGGCAGUGUCCCUCAGCUCCACAGGCACUGGAAGGGGCAGCAACAGUGAUGGCUGUGCCUGGAGCACCAGGACCACAGGGCAGGGAUGGUGCUCCUGGAAGAGCGGGCAAGCCUGGUGAUGCUGGGCAGAAAGGGCAGAAGGGGGAUGUGGGCAGCCCUGGGGACCCAGGCACACCGGGCACAGAUGGACUGCCAGGGCUGUCGGGUGAGCCGGGCAUCAGGGGUCCAGCCGGCCCCAAAGGCGAGAAGGGAGACGCCUGUGAAUCCUGCCCCACGCUGCAGGGGCGCUUCUCAGAUGUGAUCGGCAUCCCGGGAAAACCCGGUGCCAAAGGGGACCAAGGAGCUCCGGGCAUCGGGCAGCCGGGCAGAGCCGGGAAGCCGGGGCUGCCAGGGAUCCGAGGUCCUGCUGGGCUGAAAGGGCUGCAGGGCGAGCCAGGACCGCCGGGCAUUGGCAAGCCGGGACCACAGGGAGAGCCUGGGAGCGCUGGAGAGCCUGGGACCCCCGGACCCCCAGGGCCCCAGGGACCUCCAGGAAUGGCAGCAGAGAAAGGAGCCAAGGGAUCUCCAGGGCUCAAAGGUGCCGUGGGCCCCCCCGGGCCACCAGGGAUCAGCGUCACUGGGCCACCAGGCCCCGAAGGGCAGCGGGGGCUCCCCGGGGUGCCUGGCUCCAGUGGGAUGCCGGGAGAGAAGGGUGCCCGGGGCGAGAAGGGAGACCCUGGGGAAUGUGCGUGCCCCCCCAGCCCACGCCAGGACCCCAACCACACUGGGAUGCCGGGAGCUCCAGGACUCUGGACUGGGACAUCCUGGCAGCCCCAGCCGGGUCCCCAGGGUCCUCCUGGAGCGCCUGGUCCCCCCGGUCCUCCUGGUGCCCCGGGCCGCCAGGGGGUCCCAGGACACAACGGAUUGCCAGGGCUGCCUGGGCCAGCAGGAGACCUGGGACCAUUGGCCGUCAUGGCUGAGAGGAACAUCGAGGUGCUGAAGAACAUCUGUGGGGACUGCGCACAGCUGCAGGCGGCCUUUGAAGCACCCAGAAGCUUCAAGGGGGAAAAAGGAGACCAAGGCAUGCCAGGAGCCCCCGGCAACGAGGGCUGUGCUCGUUGCUUUGCCCAGUUCCCAAGAGCUGAGGAGGCUCGGGGUGACAGCCCAGACACAGACUGCGGUGAACCUGGGCUCCCCGGUGCCCCAGGUGUCCCGGGUGAGAGAGGCGAGCAGGGCUUACCAGGACAGCGGGGACCCCCAGGGCCGCCCGGGCCCAUCGGCCCCCCAGGCUUUCCUGGCACGCCUGGCGCACCUGGACUGCCCGUAAGGACCCAGCAGGGCUCCGUUCUGUGCCGUCUGUCGCUGCUUCUUGGUUUGGCUGUGUCCCCAUCCCAGCUUCCCGGGAGCAGCCACAGCACGGCUCUGCCCUUCUCCAUUCCCCACAUCUCCAUCCAUUCAUGCCUUCCAUCUCCAUUCAGGGGCUCUCACUGGUCUAAGGCUCAUCGCCCUGAGCUCAGGGUGCAGCUCCCUUCUGCCAUCCGUGCUGGGUCCCACACCACGUGCCAGGAGGGUGGGACAGCCAGCAGCCAGGCACAUUAUGGUGCAGCCACGUGUGUGCGCUGGGUGCAGACGGUGGUCCUCAGCCCUCCCCUCUCAGGGCCGGGGGGAUGCUGCCAUGCAGCUGGUGCGCUCAUCCUCACCUUCCCCUGGUCCCUGGCUCCUCCAGGGUCAGCCAGCAUCCACCACCAUGUCCAUCUGCAUCUUCAUCAUCUUCAUCCUCAUCCUCCUGCCAUCCCCACUCUCAGGAAGUGCCUGUGGGGUUGGUGGCAGCCCCACUCCAGUGGCUCUGGGAAGAUCCUGCCCUCCCUUCAUCCUGCUCCCAUCCCCUCACCUGCUAACGUCACCGUAACGUCACGGUCUGUGUGGGUCUGUGUGGGUUGUCGCUCUGUGGUGUCAGCCUGUCCCGUCCAGACUCCACUGUGUCAGCACCACAUAACCACCACUAACCCCCCCUGCAGCCUGUGCCAUCGAGCCCAGGGGCUGCUGGCUGUCACCUGUGUCUCUUGUCACCUGUGUCACCGUGCCUCAUGUGCUGCAGGAGGAUGGGUGGCACUGAGUGCCCUAACCAGGCUGGAGCUGUGCUCCAAAAGGUGUCCUGCCUGUGGGCACCCCUGCACAGUGCCCUCCUGGCUGGGCUCCCUGCAGACCCCCAGGGUCUGCCCUGGCACUGGGAGGUGGCACAGGUGGUGGUGCCCCUACACCCAGUGUGUGCGCAGGAUGUGCACAGCAGAGCUGGGGGGCAGAGCACAGCUCUUGGGGGUGCAGCCCCCCUGCAGCUCCUCUUUUCUCCCCCUCCAAAGGGUCUCCAGGGGGGAGCGAGGCCCUGCUGGGCUGGCUGGAGCCAAAGGGGAGCCGGGACCCCCAGGACAGCCUGGCUAUCCCGGUGCCACAGGCCCUCCUGGCCUUCCUGGCAUCAAAGGUGAACGAGGCUACGUGGGCCCACCGGGGGAGAAAGGGGAACUGGGCCCCCCAGGCUUGGAUGGUCUCCCCGGUGCCAUGGGGCCAACGGGACCGAGGGGUGAGCGCGGGCUCCCAGGCGGUGCUGGUGAGAAGGGCGAUCAGGGUUUCCAGGGCCAGCCCGGCUUCCCAGGGCCACCUGGCCCCCCCGGCUUCCCAGGGAAGGUUGGCCCUGCUGGGCCCCCAGGACCUGCGGCAGAGAAGGGCAGUGAGGGCGUGCGGGGGCCCACAGGGAUGCCAGGGCCCCCUGGACCCCCUGGACCUCCAGGCAUUCAGGGCCCUGCUGGCUUGGAAGGACUGGAUGGCAAGGAUGGCAAGCCGGGGCUGCGGGGUGACCCCGGCCCCCCUGGGCCACCAGGAAUGAUGGGUCCUCCGGGCUUCAAGGGAAAACCGGGGCACCCAGGGCUGCCCGGACCAAAGGGUGACUGCGGCAAACCUGGUCCUCCUGGGAGCACGGGUCGUCCGGGAGCGGAGGGUGACCCCGGCCCCAUGGGACCCCAAGGCCGGCAGGGACCCCCGGGACUCAUUGGCCCCCCUGGCAGCCCGGGGCAGCCGGGUCCUGCUGGCCUCGCCGGAGUGGGGAUGAAGGGUGAGCGUGGCUCAGCGGGAGACCGAGGUCUGCCAGGAAUGCCAGGACAGCCAGGGCCACCGGGACACCCAGGGCCACCGGGGGAGCAGGGGCCAGAUGGACCCAUUGGUAAAGAGGGACCCCCAGGAAAGCCUGGCACUGCAGGACCCGCUGGCCAGAAGGGUGAAGCCGGGUCCCCUGGAAUGCGAGGGUACCCUGGGGAGAAGGGCCGUGCUGGAUCACCUGGGGGGCCGGGGAAGAGUGGCUCCAUGGGCCCCAUAGGGCUGCGGGGUCCUGCAGGAGAGAGGGGUCCCCCCGGCUCACCAGGACCUGCGGGCAGCCCCGGGCUGCCGGGACCCCCUGGGAUGAUGGGUGACGUGGUGAAUUACGAUGAGAUCAAAAGGUUCAUCCAGCAGGAGAUUAGCAAGAUGUUUGAUGAGCGCAUGGCAUACUACACCUCACGGAUGCACUUCCCAGUGGAGAUGGUGGCAGCCCCAGGCAGACCAGGUCCCCCGGGCAAGGAUGGGCUGCCUGGCCGGCCGGGACCCCCAGGAUCCCCAGGGAUGCCAGGGCAGAUUGGCAGAGAGGGGCGGCAGGGUGUGCCAGGCAUGCGGGGGGAGCCGGGUGCCAAAGGAGAGAAAGGGGAGAAGGGCAUGGGGCUGAUGGGGGACAGUGGCCCACCAGGACCCCCAGGUCCCCAAGGGCCACCAGGCUAUGGGAAGAUGGGCCCUCCAGGCCCCGUGGGGCAGCAGGGCAUCCCCGGCAUCCCUGGUCCCCCAGGUGCCACGGGGCCGCCGGGCAAAACGGGGCACUGCAGCCCUGCUGAGUGCAUGGGCGCUCUGCCCAUGGAGCAGCCACUCUUCCAGCCCAAGAAUGCCAAGGGUCCCUUCGCUGAGCCGGCCCCACUGCUCCCCACUGCUGCUCUUAUUCUUGCCCCCGUUUUCCAGGGGGCUGCGCCGGGUCCCGGGGCUGUGGGUGUUGUCCGGCUCGCGGGUGGGUGGUUCUGUAGGGCAGGUGGAUCCUGCCCAGCCGAAAUACAGCCGUGCUGCUGCCCACACCUGACUCCUGUUGUGUGGUGUCUCGUCUGA